AUGGUUAAAAAAUCCCGUGACCUUAUAGUUUUCCCAGUUUCUAAUCUACAACUUUAUGUUAGUGUAUCAGAUCUUUUAGGUGUUGACCCUACAGGGGGUUACCUGUUUAGGACCACCAACCAAGGUGCUGUCACUAGUAAUCCCUUCCUCGGAUCUGAGGUGGCUAAUUGUUUGCUUACCCACUUGAAAACUUUAGGGAUUCAUUGUGGUGAAACCAUGCACAGUUAUUGUGUGGCUGCUCAAUCACGUUAUCUCAUUUGGGUGUGGCCCCUGAGGAUAUUGCCAGACAUGUUGGCUGGAAAUCAUUGGAAACCGCUGAAU